AUGACGCUGAGAAGAGGUGGCUGGAUUGGAAACAGCCGCUUGAAAGUGACGCUCUAUUGUGCGAGAACUGUUGGCAGUUUUGGCUACGUGGCGUACGAGUUGGACGACACGAGUCGAGAAAACUUGUGCUGGAUGGAACAGUGA